AUGACAUACGACCGCCCUGCACCAACCACUGAUGGAUCAGCUCUGCUGUCCACAUUUGACGCCCUGACCAAGUCCGGGCUUGUUCUCUACGAUGAAACCCAGAAGAUUGUAGAGCAUACAGACGGAGACCUAAAGUUUCAUUUUGUUCUCACCAAAGCUCUUAUCAAGAAGCCGACCUUAUCUACACCAGAAUCGUCAUCUUCACCCGGGACUAGCUUAUCGAAACAGCUCCUCCCUGGUAGCGACAUCGAUACAAAUGGCUUCGAGAUGGGCGGCAGUGGAAGCAGCACUCACUUCCUUGUCGCCAACAAAUUUUGCUUCUCCCGACCUCACCUGAUGAUGCUCACUCGCGAUGGGUAUCGUAGACAAUACGAGCCAUUGAACCAUAGCGACUUUGAAGCUGCGUGGGGCACUUUGGCCUCCUUGAAUAAUGAAACAACAGACUAUGUUGUGUUCUUCAACUGCGGUAAAGAUGCCGGGUGCAGCCGACUGCACAAGCAUGUACAGUUGAUGCCUCUUCCCGCCAGUGGAUUUGCGGUCGACUUUCUGAACUCAGACAGCGCCAAAGAGCCAAACGUGCCGUUCGAAUGGUUCUACCACAAAUUUCAAGACAGAACCACUGCAGCUGCGAAAGGGACCGACAUUUACCUCCAGCUUCUGCAGCAAGCGACGAAAGCAUGGAAGGCUAUCACCGGAAAGGAUAUACCAGAUGGGCAGGCGUGCCCGCACAACGUGGCUUUCACAUCUCGCUGGAUAGUGGUUAUGCCUCGUCGUAAAGCGGCUGUCAACAAAGAGGCCGGCGUGAAUGCUGUGAGUAUGUUGGGGGUAAUCGCCGUCGCUACCGAGAAGGAGAUUGAGAACUGGGUAAAGCUUGGUCUGACGAAUUCGCUUAGAGAACUUGGAGUUCCGAAGAACUUGGGUGAAAUGCAAGGAAAGUAA